UAAGUAUUUAAGCGUGUAAGUCUAUAAGGGUGUAAGUCUAUGAGGGUGUAAGUAUUUAAGCGUGUAAGUAUAUAAGCGUGUAAGUCUAUGAGGGUGUAAGUAUAUAAGCGUGUAAGUCUAUGAGGGUGUAAGUAUAGAAGGGUGUAAGUCUAUGAGGGUGUAUGUAUAUAAGGAUGUAAGUCUAUGAGGGCGUCAGUCUAUAAGGAUGUAAGUAUGAGGGCGUAAGUAUCUCAGGAUGUAAGUCUAUGAGGGCGUAAGUCUAUAAGGAUGUAAGUAUGAGGGCGUAAGUAUAUAAGGAUGUAAGUCUAUGAGGGCGUAAGUCUAUAAGGAUGUAAGUCUAUGAGGGCGUAAGUCUAUAAGGGUGUAAGUCUAGAAGGGGCUGCGUGACAAACACCAUAAAGCACUUUAUAAUGACGUAUAAGGUCAAUUGUCAUAAUACUUUAGAAUUCAUAGUAUUUUUUCCAACUCUUCUAUCUUUUUUUGAUUAAACUGUCAUGUUUUACAACUAUGGGAAUUAUAAUGAUCAUUUUAAAAGAAAAAAAAUGAAUUAUGAAGGAUUAUGAUAUACCUGAUUAUCAUUAUUAUAAAGCAUGAUGAGUUUAUUACUAUAAUGCAGUGUGCUAUAAACAGAUUAUAGCGCUGUGUGUUAAUAAUGCGUCACAACACGGCAGCGUGGUCAAAACCAGCUUUUAAAACAACAACAUUUUGUUUGUGAACAGGGGAAAGCGUCUGGAACGAUUCACAUUUCCAUUGGCUUGAUUCAAGACUAGCGAUGGAUCCCGAAGGUUCACGCAUCCAAGAUGACUCGGACGUCAAGGUGAUGAUGGCGGGGUCGACUCUGAGAAAAGUCAAGUCGAAAUCGUGGAAGAAGCAGCGCCACUUCCGCCUCCUGGAGGACGGCAUGACCAUCUGGUACAAGUCCAGAUGGGCAGGCAGAGGCCACACCACGUUCUCGGUCACCGAGGUGGAGGCCGUGCGCGAGGGCCACCAGUCGGAGGUCCUGCUGAGCGUCGCCGAGGAGUUCCCCGCCGACGCCUGCUUCACCUUGGUGUUUCACGGUCGCCAAGGCAACCUGGACCUCGUGGCGGAGACGGCGGAGGAGGCCGGAGCCUGGAUCCGGGGAGUCCGCAAGCUGGUCUACAAAGCCCAGACCAUGGACGAGAAGGAGAGGCUGGACCAGUGGGUCUGGGACUGGUUUCAGAGAGCCGACAAGAACAAAGACGGCAAGAUGAACUUCAAAGAGGUGCGGACGCUGCUGAAGAUGAUGAACGUGGACAUGAACGAGGAGCACGCGCUGCACCUCUUCACGAUGGCCGACAAGGCGGAGAGCGGCUCUCUGGAGAUCCAGCAGUUUGUCCAUUUCUACAAGAUGCUGACUCAGAGGGACGAGGUGUGGAAGGUGUUCCAGGACUACUCCGAAGACGGAGAGAUGUUGAUGGCGAGCGAGCUGCAGAACUUCCUGAGCAUCGAGCAGCACGAGGAGGGACAGCGGAGUUCCCAGCAUGCACAGCAGCUGAUCGACCGCUACGAACCAUCUGAAGCAGCCAAGAAGCAGCGCGCCAUGACCCUGGAUGGCUUCCAGGUGUACCUGUGCUCACGGGAGGGCUCCGUAUUUAAACCCGAGCACCGGGAGCUCCACCAGGACAUGAGCCAGCCGCUCUGCCACUACUUCAUCUCCUCCUCGCACAACACCUACCUCCUGGAGGACCAGCUGCGGGGACAGAGCAGCCUGGAGGCAUACAUCCAAGCUCUGAAAAGAGGCUGCCGUUGUGUGGAGGUGGACUGCUGGGACGGCAGUGAUGGGGAACCCGUCGUGUACCACGGUCACACCUGGACUUCUAAGAUUCUUUUCAGAGACGUUGUUUCCACGCUGAAGGAAUAUGCCUUCAAGGCAUCGGACUUCCCAGUCAUCCUGUCUCUGGAGAACCACUGUGGCGUGGAGCAGCAGACGGUCAUGGCCCAGCACCUCAGUCACAUCUUGGGUGACACGCUGCUGACCGCCCUGCUGGGCGGGCAGAUCCCUCAACAGCUUCCCUCUCCACAGGAACUGAGGGGGAAGAUUCUGCUGAAGGCCAAGAAGAUCGGCGACCUGGGGGACUGUGUGGAUGAGACCCUGACGGAUGAAGUCAGCGAUGACGAAGAGAUGGCCAACGAUGACGCCGAGAGCCUCUCCGCAGAGGGCCCGUCGCCUGCCGAGUGUUUACCUGAAACGGGGAAGAAGUCCAAGUCCCAGCUGUCGCGGGCGCUGUCGGACCUGGUGGUUUACUGCAAGAGCGUCCACUUCCACGGCUUCGAGCGCGCUCGCUCACACGCCAAGUGCUACGAGAUGUCCUCGUUCUCCGAGUCCAAGGCCAAGAGGCUCGCCAAGGACGCGGGGACGGAUUUUGUUCAGUACAACGCGCGGCACCUGAGCCGGAUCUACCCCGGAGGCCGCAGGACCGACUCCUCCAACUACAACCCGCAGGACAUGUGGAACGUGGGCAGCCAGAUGGUGGCUCUGAACUUCCAGACCGCCGGUCUGGAGAUGGACCUGAACGACGGGCUGUUCCGGCAGAACGGCGGCUGCGGCUUCGUCCUCAAGCCGGACUUCAUGAGGGGCGGAGCCACGCGGUUCAGCCCGGAGAAACCCGGAGAGCGGCCCGGCUACGGCCCGCGGCGCUUAUCCAUUCAGGUGAUCAGUGGGCAGCAGCUCCCCAAGGUGAACCAGAAGGAGGGCUCCAUUGUGGACCCCCUGGUCAGAGUGGAGGUCUACGGGGUCCCUCAGGACCAGGCCCGGGAGGAGACCAGCCACAUCAACAACAACGGUUUCAACCCCGUGUGGAACGAGACCCUGAACUUCGUGGUCCACGCCCCCGAGCUGGCCCUGGUCCGCUUCGAGGUGGAGGACCACGACAAGGCGUCCAGGAACGACUUCAUGGGGCAGUUCACGCUCCCGUUCACCUGCAUCCAAGCAGGGUAUCGUCACGUUCACCUGCUCUCCAGAGAUGGGACCGCCAUCCCUCCCUCCUCCCUGUUCGUCAACAUCAGCAUCUCAGAGCUCACAUGAGGAAAGUCAACGCUGAGGAGGCGAGGAGACAGGGAAGUGGACGAGGAGGACGCACCGUCGCAUGCACCAGUUUGCUUUUAUCUGAUAUUGGGUCAUUUGCCAGUAGGAGGGGAACUUUUAGAUGCAAUGUGAAAAAGGUCACGGCCAGCGUUUUAAUUUUUAAUUUUUUUAAAGCAGCAAAGAACAGAGUUUCCGUAUUCGAGGACUCUUCACCGCGAGUCUCGCCGAGACACGAGAUCAAAAGACACCACGGAGGACUUAAACAUGUCAAAUAUGAGCAAUUUGAAAUUCAACUUUUUAUAGAAUUAAUGCCUGCAGGGUUUUUAUUUGUAUUUAAUUGGCUGGUGGAAUGAGGGAACUAGAAGGAUGACUGCAUGUCUGGAAUAAAAAAUAUAUAUAUAUAUAACCGCGAGUCAUUAAAUGUAAUGUAUAUGCCCGAAUUAGCUGAAAUAAUACUGUUAUAAACCAUAUACUAUUAUGAACUACUCAGAACUUUGCAUUGUGACGGUGAAUCUACGAUUUAAGUGCCUGCUUGGGUUAUUUCUACUAAGGUCAUGCUGUGUAUAAUGUAAAUUAAAUGUAUAAAGGCCUGUAAAUACAUGCGUUUUCUGAAUGGUUCAACAUUCAGUUAUUCCAAAACA